AUGAAAGUUUCAAAAGUUAGUUCAAUUUUUAUAACUUUAGUUGCAAUAGCAAAUGCAAUUGAAAUUGAAAAUGAAAAAAGAGGGUUUUUUGGUGAUAUUGUAAAUGGAAUUUUUGGAACUAAUCCAACUACAAGUGCACAAGCAGCAGCUCAACCAACUACAACUUCAACUAAUGCUGCACAAACUCAACAAUCAACACAACCAAUUGCACAAGCAGCAGCGGGAGCAAGUGCACAAGUAGCAGCAGGAUCUAAUGCACAAGUAGCGGUAGGAGCUAGUGCUCAAGUUCAAGUAGGAAAUCCAUCAGCAAAUACAGGAUCUUCAUCAUCAUCAACAAUUUCAUCAUUACCUACUACUUCAUCAGCUAUAUUACCAAAUUCAUCUAAUACUCAAACUCAAUUAGCCUCAGCUUCAUCACCUUCAUCUACUGGUAGUACUUCAUCAAAGACAACUCAAUCAUCUUCUACAACUGCUCAAGGACUUUUUGGGAACUUGUUUGGUAAUAGUGCAUCAUCAUCAAGUAUAGAUGAAGAUGAAAUAGAUUGUGAAACAGAUACACCAACUAUAGCUACUAAUCCAACUACAAAAGCUACUACUACUACAUCAUCAUCAUCGAGUAUACCAAUAUUCUCAUCUUCUACUGGUAAUGUAUCUUCAUCAAAACCAAGUUCAAGUUUAUCAUCCUUUUCUGGUUCAGCUUCAACUUUAAAACCAAUUGUAUCUAGUUCAAGUGAAGAUGAUGAAGAAGAUUGUGAGACAACUUCAGGCGGUAUAAUACCAACUUCAAUUUCAUAUACUGGUACUGCAACUAAUAGUCAGCAAGGUGGUUUUGAUUCAUGGUGGUCUGAUUUAUUUGGACAUUCAAGUACUACAACAACAACUCCAACUUCAGGCUCAAUUCCAACUUCAUCAAAAGGUUCUUUAUUACCUUCAUCUACUUCAAAUUCAUUACCAACUGGUUCUUCAUUAAAAAUAUCUUCAACAGUUGCUGGUGUUUCAUCAAGUUUAAUACCAAUUAUAUCAAGCACUACCGAUGAAGAUGAAGAAGAUUGUGAAACUACUACAGGUGGUAUCAUUCCAACUUCAAUAUCGUUUACUGGUACUGCAACCAAUAGUCAACAAGGUGGAUUUGAUUCAUGGUGGUCUAGUUUAUGGGGUGGUAAAAGUACUACUCCAACUUCAGGUUCAAUUCCAACUACAUUAGCCUCAUCAUUACCAACUGGCUCUACCAUAAAAGGAUUAUCAUCAACUAUUGCUGGUGUUUCCUCAACUUUAGCACCAAUUUUAUCAAGUUCAACAAGUUCAGGUGCUACAGUUUCUUCAAAACCCACUACUUCUACAGCAACUAAUAGUCAACAAGGAUCUUUUGAAUCUUGGUGGUCCAAUAUAUGGGGAGAAGGUUCAACUUCUCAAUCAAUUGUAUCAAGUUCAACAAGUUCAGGUGUUCCAAUUUCAUCACAACCAACUACUUCUACAGCAACUAAUAGUCAACAAGGAUCUUUUGAAUCUUGGUGGUCCAAUAUAUGGGGAGAAGGUUCAACUUCAACUUCAGCUUCAAGCUUACGUUCAUCAGUUGCUGGUCAAUCAACGUCACUUGAAGCAGUUGCUUCAACUUUUUCAAAUCCUUUAACUACAGCAAUAUCAAAUAUUACAUCAAAUAUUUUACCAUCAGCUUCAAGCAUUAGUGAUGACGAUGAAGAGUGUGAAGACCCAACUAGUAGUCAUGUAGCCUCAAAUACAAUUGUCAUUCCAACUGGCUCUGGAGGUGGAUUCUUAAGUUCAAUUUUAAAUCCUUCUACUACUACAAAAGCUUCAAUUUCUGGUUUACCAACAAGUAAUAUUUCAAGUUCAAAAUUAAGUAGUGUUUCAAAUCAAUUAUCAUCAUUAACUCAUAUAUCAAAUUUCAAUACAACUAGUACUGGAAUUCCAACAAAAAUUACUUCAAGUUCAGAAGAAGAUGAUGAAACUGAUUGUGUUGAUCCUACUAGUGAUCCAGUUAUUGAUCCAACUAUUACUUAUACACAUGAUCCAACAGUCACAGCAACAAUUAGUGGAAAACUUACAACACUCACUCAAACAACUUCUGGUGAUCCAAAUACUCAAGUUAUUCCAACUACAGUUAAAACUACUAUCGCUGGUCAAAGUUCAAUUGUAACUUUGAAAACUACAAAUAGUGUUGGUGUUGAAGUAACUACAACAUACACCACUUCAUUACCAGAUUCAACUCAAACUUAUAUUACAACAGCUCAUGGGACAGUCACUUCAUUACAAACAGUUUCAAUAACCUAUACUGGUGCUGGUAAAACUUUUACAACUUAUGUUACUCAACAACCUGAGGAAUGUGAAGAAACUAUGGCUUAUACUGUUACAACUUAUGUACCACAAACCACAAUUAAUAAUGGUGGUCAAAUUUUUACCACUACUUUGACUGUUAUUGUUACUAAGACUGUUUAUCCAGAUUAUGAUGAUGAAGACUAUCAAACUGUUGCAGGAGAAUCUAAUGGUUCAUCAGGAAGUGGUAAUUCAGGAAGUGGAAAUUGGGGAUCAAGUGGUUCAUCAAAUUCAAAUAGUGGAUCAUCAGGCUCUUCGGGAUCAUCUAGUGGUUCUUCAGGAUCAUCAAACAAUAAUGACGAUGGUUGGGAAUGGGUUUGGGAGGAUGACAAUGAAUGUUCAACUGUUGCUGCAGUUGCUACAGCUCCACCAAGUGCUGGUUCAUCAAAUUCUGGAUCUAGUGGUGUUUCAUCAGGUUCUGGUUCAGGUUCAAAUUCAGGUUCUAGUGGUUCAUCAAAUUCUGGUAGUUCAUGGUGGCCAUCAUCAGGUUCUUCAAGUGGUUCAUCUGGAUCAUCAAGUGGUUCAUCUGGAUCCUCUGGAUCAUCAAGUGGUUCUUCCUCAGAUAGUAAUGAUGAUGGUUGGGAAUGGGUUUGGGAAGAUGACAAUGAAUGCUCUACUGUUGCUGCAGUUGCUACAGCUCCUCCAAGUGUCGGUUCAUCAAAUUCUGGAUCUAGUGGUAUUUCAUCUGGACUGGGAUCAAGUGGCUCAUCAUCAAAUUCAGGCUCAUCAAGUGGUUUGACUUCAGGCUCAGGAUCUUCAAGUGGAUCUUCAUUAGGUUCAGGUUCAGGUUCAAGUUCAGGUUCAAGUUCAGGUUCAAGUUCAGGCUCAGGUUCAGGUUCAAGUGGUUCUCUUUGGGGAACUAGUCCAAGUGAUCUUGUUUGUCCUGGAGAAGAAGGUUAUGAAUCAACUGGAGAAGAUGAUAAUUGUGAUGAGGAUGACAAUGAUUUAGAAGAUCAAGAAGAACAAUGUGAUACUUCAUCAGGAUAUACAAAUAGUACUUCAUCAACUCAAAUUCCAAAAUACACUUUGAAUAAUACUGCUACUUCAACAACUUCAAUUUCAAAUUCUUCAUUAGCAGGUUAUAAGUUACUUGAUGUUGUAGUUAGUGAAACUGCUUUCCCAACAUUAUAUGUUAAUACUAGUCAUUCAACAUUAUCAACAUCUACUGCAACAAAUCCACCAAAUAAUACAUCAACAAUCCCACAAUAUGCUAAUUCUGGUGUUAAAUUAUUAAGUUCAAAAUAUGAUUUAUAUUCCAUUUUAUUUACAUUCAUUGCUGUUUUUGGGUUUUUAAUGAUAUAA